AUGCUAGAGAGAAAGAGGACAGAGCAAGACAGGCUGACGAGAGAACGAGUUGACUGGCGAGAAACGAAGAGGGACGACAAGAACCUUGUCAUCAGGCCUGUGCUCCUCAGUGCUGCAUCCUUCGUCGACGUCUCGCCGGCAGCUGCUGUCCUCUUUGACGAGGGUGGCAGAGACCGAGGAGGUCGCAGGCUACAUCGGGUCGAUCUGCUCCGACGGUUCCCUCCUGAAACGUUUGACGAGGUUAGGAUCACAGAUGAAGGCUUGACAAGGCUUCCGGGGAGCUGGAAGGAGUACCACCAGCUAAGAGUGCUUGACGUGUCAGUCAACAUCCUCAAGAGCCUCCCCGACGGCUUGGAGCAUCUCCGGCAGCUCGAAGUCCUCAGAGCAGAUCACAAUCAGCUCCUUCACCUCCCUUCCUGCCUCUCGUCCUUACAGCAGCUACGGGAGCUGAGCGCAAGGAGCAACCAGAUCCAGUAUCUCCCCAACCUCCUUGGCAUGCACUGCCUCCACACCCUCAACCUCUCCGACAACAAGCUGCGGGAAGUCGACGGCUCCAUCUGCGACCUGCCGGAGCUUUCAGUGCUCAGAGUCGAUCACAACGAACUACUCUCCCUCCCCAAGGACCUCUUCUUCCUCCACAGCCUCAAGCAGCUGCACGCGCAGUUCAACUUCCUCACCUCCCUCCCGCCAGAUUUCCACAUGCACAAGAGGGUGGAGAUACUGGACCUCAGGCACAACCUCCUCCGUCAGCUCCCUGACGUCAAGAACGAGCUAGAGUCGUGGUUCCCUUCCCUUCAUACCCUCGACGUUUCCAACAAUAAACUUGAGGUUUUCCCGGAGGCCUUGAGGACGGGGAGAGUGAAGCACGUGAAUCUUGAGCACAACCUUUUGUCUCUGAUUUAG